GUUAAAAAUAGUAUUAAAGACAUCCGAGGCGUGUGUCGUUUACGUCUCCAACGGAAAAGGAAGUAAACACAAGGCUGCAGAAAAUCCCUGGCUGACCUGGAACUUGAGAUGGACAUGGUGUCGGAUGUGAGACUAGCACAGGAGAAGCAGAAAUACCAGCAGAGAAUAAUACGGAACUGCCAAGAUCACAACAAGACACGCCCCUUGAAUGUCGCCAUUAUUGGGCCCCCGGGAGUGGGGAAAUCAUCGCUGGUGAACACGAUCGCUGCCUCAUUUUCUGAUGACACAUGGAGAGAAUAUGCAUAUUCUGGUUGCCAUGGAGAUGCUAGUCAGAUCACAGUGUUCACCAAGAGUUUUCCAAAGUGCUGUCAUGGCUUAAAUGCCAAGUACAGCAACGUGAACCUCCCCACACUGAUCGACAUCGCGGGGCUAACAGAUGAAGAGAGAGAGCGGUAUGUUGAGUUGCUCCGUAUUGUCUUCUAUGGCCGUCUCCCAGAAGAGGAAUCUCUCGCAGAGGCAGAUGAAUUCUACAAGAAACACGGAAUAGAAGACCUGCGACAGAAAUAUGCCGAAAAUGAUGAAAAGCUGAAGGUUGAUCGAAUUAUUUUUGUGUCGUCGGCGACACAGGAGGUCCCGCAGAACCUGAUCGGCUGUGUCCUGCGAGCUGCCCGACCCUCGGGGGUCAUUGACAGCAGAAAGAGAACAAUCCCUGUGUACGGUGUUCUCACGAAGCAGGACAAGGUGGGAAGUGGGGUGCUCACCAAGGAGGAUUACGACAAACGAGAAAAACAGUUCAUCGAUGCACUGGGGCUUGCUGGGUCGCUCCACCGACUGCUGCGGUGCCGCAACUACUGCGACGAUGUGGACCACGGCCAACGUACCGACACAGUCCUGCCUGAACUUGACCUUCCAGCCUUGAAGUUCAUGACCCAGGUCUCCGACCCAGUCUUCGAUGUCAUCAAUGAACGGGAGUCCUAUGCUGCUCAUGAAAAUAAAGCUGAGAGUGAAAUUUUGCGUCGACGUCAGACACCUUCCGCUAACGAUCAGUCGAAACCAUCGACCAGAACACACAGCAGAGCAGGAAGAUGGGCGAGAGGAAGAGCAAACAGAUCACCAGAAAGAGGUGGAGGCAGCAUCCUGGACGAGCUGGGCGUGUCCCACGAUCAGGCCUUCUACAUCAUGGUGGCCAUCGAGGCUGUCCUUCUGGCCGUCAUCCUGAUGUUCCUGAUGAGGCCGCCCGUGGACAUGGGCAAGUUACAAGGAGCGUGUAACUACAUGAAGACGCACGACCAGAGCAUCGAGGCAGCCACGAUGCGGGACAUCUGCGACAACCUCGGGAGCAAUUACAGUGGGUUCUUCAUGUUUCUCACUGCUCUCGCCUUCGUCGGGAUCCGAUUUGGCGUCAAGUAUGGCUAUGAACAACUUCAGCAAAUACAGAUCGAUACAUAGUUGCCGGUCAUGGAUGUAGAAAUGUUUGCAGGACGGAUAUCUUGAGAUUCCACAACCAUUUUCUGAUUAAUGUUGAAAUAUUCUACAUAGGUUCGUGUUUAGUUAAAGUAAAUUUUAAUUUUUUUGUCUGAUUCUGUGAAUUGCCAUGACUGUAGGCAUUACUCUUGGACAAUUUUCAAUAAAUUUCAUAUUUAGCUAAUCGGUUUGAAGGUCAAGUGGUCAUAAAAUGGUGUACCUGUGUCCCUCCUGCAUCCGUGUCCCUCCUCCGUCGUCCAUAUACCUUCAAGAAACCACGGAAGAGGUUUAGAUCUGAUUUUCAAUAUGGUUGUCAUGACAAUUGUUUUCCCCCAAAAAAUGAAUGUAACGAUGAACAUGUGUGUUCAGUUUUUGCGAUAUCUUAAAUUUUGACCUUGAUUUGACCUCUGCACAGCGACCAUACUGAAAGAAGAAACUUCAAAAAGCUAUUACUCGAACCUUUUUAUUCUUAAUGUAAUAUUUGAGUAUUUGGUAUGUGCUCUUGGAACCGACCAUUUGAUAUUUUGGUGAAAUGUGAGCAACUGUUGUGCAUUGCAACAAUGAAAUAAAAUAUUACAUUCAUUCUUGCAAAUUUGGAGUGAGUGAGUUAGUGAGUAUGUUUUUUACACUGCUUUUAGCAAUAUUCCAGCAAUAUCACGGCAGGGGACACCAGAAAUGGGCUUCACAUGGUGUACCCAUGUUGGAACCGAACCCGGGUCUUCGGCGUGACGAGCGAACGCUUUAACCACGAGGCUACCCGACCGCCCCUGGAAAUUUUUAAAACAUUGGGGAAACUUAGAUACUUGUAUCCUACCUGUUAAUACUUUAGUAUUUCUGCACAAAACCUUUGCCGACAUUUUGUUGGGUGGUUGUCUGUGUUAACAUCUGGAACUGUUGACCACAAAACCUAGUCCAUCUCCCCGAGGCAAGAGCGUCCGCUAGCCUUUUCAUCAAAGUCUUGUUCCACCCUUGCCAAAUCAAGCCCACUUUCCUGUGCUUCAUAUGAUUGGACUAUCAGAGAACGUUUCACAAAGUCAACAUCCACAUAUGAAAGACCACUUCCUGUCUUUUUCAUCUUUUGAACCCCUCCAACGAUUGCUUGUUUUUGUGUCAGGGAAAAAAUUGUGAAUGUUUUCGUUAUCUGAUCGACGAGGUCACCAUCUUUGUGAAGCUAUACGAGAUAAGAACAGCGAUCUGAUUGGAUAUCAUGUGUUCCUUAUAAGGGGCACAACUUAUGAUCUACACGGGGUGGCGCCAUCGUCACGCCAAGAAAAGUGGCCUUGAUGUGGCAAGGAUAGAAAACUAGGCUUUGAUAUAGGCUAGUGGACAGGCUUGCCUUGGGGAGAUGGUCCAGGUGAGCUACAAUAAUGUUGUGAAAUGAAAUGUUCUCCAGGUGACAGUCCCGACAAUAAAAUAAAUUUUUUUGCUUA